AUGCUCCUCACCGCCCUUCUUGGUGCGGCUUUUGCAACAGCAACUACCUUGGCGCAGCCCACCAACGGUACCAACACUACUUACGUCGGCCCCGAGAAUGGAAACCUUGUAAUUGUGGGCGGCAACCUGCAAAGCGACAGCAUCUGGCAACGCAUCAUCACGCUCGCUGGUGGCGUCGACGCCCCCAUCGUCGUCAUCCCUACUGCAGGCGGCGAGCCAACAUAUGACGCCAACUUCUCGUCGGCAGUCUCUUUCCGGCGUCUGGGCGCUAAGAAAGUUACUGUACUGCAUACCUACGACCCGGCUGAAGCAGAUACAUAUAAGUUCAUUGCGCCCCUGCUUGAGGCUAAGGGGGUGUUUUAUGGAGGUGGGCGACAGUGGAGGCUUGUCGAUGCGUAUGCGGGCACCAAGACAGAGACAGCGAUCCAAGCGGUGCUGGACAGAGGCGGAGUAGUGUCUGGAUCGAGUGCGGGUGCAAGUAUCAUGGGCAGUUUCCUGGCACGUGGAGACACCGCGAACAACCAAGUGAUGAUUGGAGAUCACACUGUUGGUUUCGGAUACCUAAAAAACACAGCUAUUGACCAACAUUUCUUGGUUAGGAACCGACAAUUCGAUCUGUUCGACAUCCUGAAGGUGUACCCGGAGUUGCUGGGUAUUGCCAUUGACGAGGAUACGGCGCUGAUAGUGAACAAGAAUGACGCGGAGGUGUUUGGUAGCACUUACGCUGCCUUUUAUGACGGCGGGUUCUGGUCAAGGGAAGGAAGCGAUUUGAAGAAUAUCCCACCGCCGGAGUCUCGCUUCUACUUCCUAAAAGCUGGUGACAAAUACGAUCUGGGUGCAAGAAAGGUCGUCGACGCUGAAACCAUAGCUGAAAGGAGUGAGUUGUAG